AUGCAAAUGCUGUUUAUGAAAGUGGUAUCGUCACCACAUGGAGAAGAGUGAUGUAGCACUGUUUUCUCGGCAGGUAGCUUCCCCUUCAGCUGCUGGAACUGCUGCCACGUUGUAGUGGGUCGAUAUGUUUGCUGUGUACUCAAAACAAGACAACGUCCCCUUUGUUUUGUCCCCUUUAGGUGACCGCAGACCCCUGCUGACAUUGGGCCCUGGGAUCUUUCAUCUAACCCAAAUAUGCGCUAUCCAAGGAUUGCGGACCACGCGCGACGUGCUGAAACAAGCAAGAAUGAAAGAACUGAACGGGGUGCCAUACUCCUCAGACCACAUCAAGGACUUUCGACUGGUCCGCCGUCGCACCUACUUCCACGUGGCAGCAGCUGCAAUGGUUUGCAUUGUAGAUCAGACAAGUAUCUUGAUACUGUAGACUUUUUAUCAAGAUAUUUGGGUCUUCUGCAUUAUUCAGCACAAUCUUGCUCUCCGCCAAAAACCGGUAGGAUGAGCAAAUGGUGCAAGACACCUGACCCAACAGAUGAUAGCGCGAUUUUACCAUCCUCUCGGGAGCAUGGUUGCUUACUUGCUUGCCUCAAAAAAGAGCUUAUUCGAGGCAAACUGGUGGGUAGCCAUUGCUUCUGUCUCCUUCAAGUGACUAGCUUCUGCGCGAGGUCAUUUGCCGCCCUGCACGUCUCCAAAGCGAAAGCAGAUGCGAAGAAAAUUUGA